UUCCUUUUUUGACUUUGGUUUUUCUGCGUCGCGGUCUCGACAAAGUGCGCGCUGGUAGAGUCCAUGUAUGGUUCAAUCCACAACAUCCACGAUCCUAUACCACAGCUGAUAGCACGACCGCGAGGUCAACGCCAUUCAAGUUGAGAAAUGGCGCCCCCUUCACCUCGCUCCCCCAAACCCACACUGGGCAAGGACACUCUGGCACGCAGCCCCUCCUACCUCGAUGAUCACCUCGAAUACAAAUCCCAUCAGUCAGGGCCCACGACGAGCAUUGACGGUGUUCUGGAGCAGCCCGUUCGAAGUCCGCGCUCUACUGUGUCCCACCAUGGCUCGCUUUCCCAAAGAAGAUCUAUCAGUGCAAUCUCUCCAUCACCUAUCGUCAGUCAAGAGAGCGGGACUAUUCAUACCAUUUCUCACACCAAUUGUGUUCCCGAGCAUGGCAAUCCUGCCAAACUGGUUGCCACGAUAUAUUACAACUCCGCCGCUCCGCGACACGCUCAUGUCCAUCCAGACCAGUCACCACCGGCUCGACCGACUGACUCUAUUCCCUUGCCUGAGAUCGCAGAAGGUUCAGCGCCGACAACGAGCAUUUCUGAGUACCCGCUGGAACCGCCUGUGCCUGAACCCGAGCCACUCGACCAUCUCUACGGAGCCUACAUCUCUCAACUAUGCUUGACGCACUUUCUAGCCACCCUCGACAGUCUGCUCAUUCACAACAAGUCUGAGGAAAGGCGAUUGACUUCGUCCCAUCGAUGCCUUGCCCCCGAUUCAAGCAAGCCCAGAGUCGUGGAAGUGACCUUUUCACCUCCCCCAAAUCCGGAAUACCUCCCUUUCUCCCUUAUCUCCAAACACGAGUCGAUCUAUAAGUUCGAGCGCGAAUGGAAUUGUGAGGUUGUGUUGCAGCCGUCCACUGUGUACCGUCGCUACAAGCGGCUCUGUGUUUUUGACAUGGAUUCCACUCUGAUCCAGCAAGAAGUGAUCGAUGAGAUUGCAGCCUUUAUCGGUGUCAAGGAGGCAGUCGCUGCCAUCACGGAGCGUGCAAUGAACGGCGAACUCGACUUCUCCGCUUCGCUGAAGGAAAGGGUUUCUCUACUGAAGGGGGUUCCUAGUGACGUGUUUGAACAUCUCAAACCAAAGCUUGUCAUUACCCCUGGGGCCAAGGAGUUAUGCAAAUGUCUGAAACGACUGGGAUUUACUCUAGCUGUCUUGAGCGGCGGAUUUCAGCCUCUUGCCGACUGGCUAGCCCAUCAACUCGGCCUUGACCACGCGUUUGCGAACCAUCUCAUUGUAGACCCGGACACCAAGACUCUGACAGGCGAACUUGACCCGAACCAUCCGAUUGUGGACGCUCAGCACAAACGAAAUCUCCUGAUCAGUCUGGCCUCUGGCAAGGGCAUCCCCUUGGCGCAGACAAUGGCUGUGGGAGAUGGAGCCAACGACCUGCCUAUGCUCCAAACCGCUGGCUUGGGCGUGGCUUUGAAUGCGAAGUCCAAAGUACAAAUGGAGGCACCGGCGAGGUUGAACGUCCACGAAAGCAUGCUCGACUUGAUUUACCUCCUAGGGUUGACGGGAGAAGAAGUUGAAGAGCUUCUGAAAGAUUGAGCAUGGCGGCAUGGCUUAGGUCAAGCUGUUUCAGCAUCAUUUUCACCACCUCCACUUGCUAAGAGUCAGCUUGAAGAGGAAGCGUGCCAUGCAACAUAUUUAUAUGCCGCCGGUUUACUAUCCUGCUAGAGGCAUGCGUGUGUCGUCUCCUAAGUCGUGAAGAGUCCUACAUGGUAGGAUGAAAUGAAGGCCUCAAGAGCAUGUUAUACAAGCAGUCCAUGUGUUCACAAUCCCCCAGGCACCAUUCCUUUAACCUUGCAUAUCGCCUAGUCCGGGAUUAUGCAUCUGCAUCUAUUAUGCCUGCAACCUCAAACUUCCGAUAAGCUCAUUUUUUCCACAAGCAAUACCAUGGAAAUCGUACUCAGUACGGAGAUGCAGUGGCACAUUGCAAUAGAGAAUCCACCGGGCAGUUCUUUUUAUAAAUGAUAUUCUUGAGGGUCGUUGACCUUGACUCCCAGUCUCUCCCAGAAGCCCUCGACUCCCAUAUCUUCUUGGCCACUAGAUGCGGGAAGCAGUGUCAGUGUCAGUUUGGUGGUCUGGUUUCGUUUCAGAUAACGGGGAGGGAGACGGAUGUCGUUUGGACGAGAACUUCAAACUUACUCUUGCCUUUCCACGACCAUGGGUUCCGUCUGUCCAGCCGCCUUGUCUGGGUUUCGGAAGAUGAUAUUAUAUUUCAUGCCCAGCGUCAUAUGAAUGGCGCCCGGAUACGGACCAUACGUCUCCGUCGGUUCCUUGCCCUCAAUCAUCGCCUUUAUGUUUUUCGCCACGGCCUGGGCCUGCGCCAUGCCCGGCCUCGCGGCCUUUUGGAUCCCCGUAUCCGCAAUAUCACCGACAGCAAAGAUGUUGGGGUAUUUUGGGUCAGCGAGCUGCAACGUCGGGCGGACGCGAAGAAAGCCGUUCUCUGGGUUAAUCAGCGACCCUGGCGUCGACUGGUCAAGUCCAGCGACUAGAGCAUUAUUUGGUUUUUGACCCGUGGCCAGAAUCACUAGUUCUGUGGGGAUGGUUUUGCCAUUUGUCAAUUGGACGUCGAAGGGUUUGCCUGUGCCAUUAUCAACAAAUCCAGUCGGGGGAAUGACGACUCGGGUGCCGGUUAUAAGGUUGAUUCCUAGGUCGCGGCACCGGUGGGACACGAGCUCGUGCAACUUUUCGUGGAAUUGAGGCAUGACGCGGUUCCGGGAUUGAACGAGCGUGAUGUUUUUGUCGGGGUAGUAUUCUUUCAGGUCGGUGGCCAUUUGUACGCCUACGGCGCCCCCACCGGCGAUGAUGAUCGAUUUUGCCCGUUUGACCAUCGCUUGGUGGGACUGGAGGUAGGAGACGGACGGUUUCUUCUCGUCGCUCUUCAUCAUCCCGGGCUCGGUGAGUGUUGUUCCGGUUGCUAGGGCGAGGUAUUCGAAAGGGAGUUGCUUGGAUCCUUGCCAUUCUCGGUCGAGGUCGAGGUGGCGUGGCUGGACGGCCAGUACGCGCGCUUGGAUUACGGCGUGGUUGGUGCUGUUGGGGGUGCCGGUGAAUAGGCCGCUGUAGGGGACGAAGGCUUUGUGUUCUUGGCCUGGGACGAUGGCGAAGCGAGGCUGUGGAAGAACACGCCGGUGGCGUCAGUUUGUGCAUUCAUUGCAGACCAAAGCUCCAGAGCUUGUCCCUGAAUCGGUAGGGGGACGGAAGGGGACCGACACUUACAAAUGUGAAUAAAUGAUGGAAGUGGCUAUGUGGCUCGAUCAAGAGAACCUAGGGAUGCCAUCAUGUUAGUUUCGUGCCAACGAGGCAUAAACUGUCUUGUUUCCCACUGCAUGAUGCGACCAUGUACAAGGAUGCCGCAUGUAUCUCUUCAUGCAGUGGGAGGCUGAAAGUCGCUUUGCUUUACUUUGCGGUCCCAGGUAUAUAGGUCCUUUGGAUCAGUAGGUACUCACCCUAUGCGUCGCCGGCACAACCUGCGCCAAUUCCUUUGCCGUGUUCUGCAGAAGUGAUACAUGAUCCGUUAGUCGCGUAUACUUUUCGAAAUCGGGUUCAAGUUUUGCAAAAAGGGGGGGUGGUGUAGGCUUGCUUACCCGUCCAACAUAACUCCCUCCAACCACAACGACAUUCUUGAG